GUCCUUAUAUGUUUGCAGCUGGUCUUUCUACUUACCUAAUUUCAAAAGAAAUUUACGUAUUGGAACAUGAAUUUUACAGUGGUCUCUCACUAGCUUUAGCAUUGAUUGUAGCAAUUAAAAAAUUUGGGCCUAGCGUAGCUAAAUAUAUUGACAAAAACAUUGAUGAAUACGAACAAAGUUGGGAGUCAUCCAGAACAGAUCAAAUUAAAGAACUACAAAAUCUUAUAGAGCAUGAAAAAAAAGAGCAAUGGCGAACAGACAGCCAAAAAAUGAUAGCUGAUAUCAAAAGAGACAAUAUAAACAUGCAGUUGGAAGCUGUUUAUCGUGAGCGGUUAUCACACGUUUAUCAAGAAGUAAAACGGCGCUUGGAUUAUCAAGUUCAACUACAAAACAUGGAACGAAAAUUAGCUCAAAAACAUAUGGUCGAAUGGAUCGUAGAAAAUGUUAAAAAAGGAUUUACUCCUGAUCAAGAAAAAAUAAUUCUUACGAGAUGUAUUAGCGAUCUUCAAAUUCUUGUUAACAAAAACUAAAUAAUGCGUAAUCAAUUACUAUACAGCCACGAAAUCAUUGAAAAAAAAUUACACAUUGAUUAAUAAACAUAAAGCUUAUACCGCAAA